AAAUGAAUUUUUAAUAAGGUUCUUCUGCGCAUGCGUAGACUUGGCCCAAUCCUCGUGUUGUAUAAAGGCAAAAAAUGGAAGAAGACUCGUGGGACACCGAGGCGGCUGUAGAACCACCAGCAGUAGAGGUUAAACUAUUUGGAAGGUGGAAUCCGGACGAAGUACAAGUUGGAGACAUCAGUUUACAAGAUUAUAUAUGCAUUAAAGACAAAGGGGCUGUGUUCCUACCUCACACAGCUGGACGCUAUGCUAUGAAGAGGUUUCGAAAAGCACAGUGUCCAAUUGUGGAGCGCAUUGUGACUUCACUGAUGAUGCAUGGAAGGAACAAUGGAAAGAAGAUGCUCGCCGUUCGUAUCGUGAAACAUGCCUUUGAAAUCAUUCACCUUCUAACUAACGAGAAUCCUCUUCAAGUGUUGGUUGAUGCCGUUGCCAACAGUGGCCCUAGGGAAGAUUCGACUCGAAUCGGACGUGCUGGCACCGUUAGGAGACAAGCGGUUGACGUAUCUCCAUUACGUCGCGUGAAUCAGGCAGUGUGGCUACUGUGUACAGGAGCAAGAGAGGCUUCCUUUAGGAACAUAAAAUCAAUCGCCGAAUGUCUUGCUGAUGAGCUGAUAAAUGCUGCUAAGGGCUCCUCUAAUUCUUAUGCUAUCAAGAAGAAGGACGAGCUUGAGAGAGUUGCAAAGUCCAACCGCUAAGAGAAAGAGAGUCCUUUCUUGUUUGUGUAUUAAUAUACAUUUUGAUGACAUUCGAUAAAAGAGAAAGUCCAAUUUUGCAUUAUUAUUGAAAAAAUUAAUAGAA